AUGAAUUUUAUAGAUGAUAACAUAAGGCAACGGAUGCUCACCGGAUGCAGGGUGGCUUCCACAGUUGCGGGGGCGCUUUCACAAUAUGAUGUGUUUAAGUGCGGGCGCACCGUCGGUUACAUUCUUAGAAGUAUCCGGAAGUGUGACAAGUAUUGGAGCGUAAUAAAGAAGGGACGUAAGGAAGUGGACAGAGAUCAUAGGACAGAUACCCCCUUCACUUAA